AGGAGGAGGAAACCGGUGUCGGCCCCGUCAGCACCCGACGCUUGAGGGGCCGCGGUGGUGGGGCAGUCCUGAGCGGCGGUGGCGGGGCUGCUCCCUGCGAACCGGUGCCGCGGUCUGAGGGUGGCCCGAGGGCGCCGGCGCCAUGAAGCUCUACAGUCUCAGCGUCCUCUACAAAGGCGAGCCCAAGGCGGUGCUGCUCAAAGCUGCGUACGAUGUGUCCUCCUUCAGCUUUUUCCAGAGGUCCAGUGUUCAGGAAUUCAUGACCUUUACAAGUCAGCUGAUUGUGGAGCGCUCAGUGAAAGGCAGCAGAGCAUCUGUCAAAGAACAAGAGUAUCUGUGCCACGUCUGUGUCCGAAAUGACAGCCUUGCAGGUGUGGUCAUUGCUGACAGUGAAUAUCCUUCCAGGGUGGCUUUUACCUUGCUAGAGAAGGUACUAGAUGAGUUCUCCAAGCAGGUUGACAGGAUAGACUGGCCAGUGGGAUCCCCUGCUACAAUCCAUUACACGGCCUUGGAUGAUCACCUUAGUAAAUAUCAGAAUCCCCGAGAUGCUGACCCAAUGACCAAAGUGCAGGCUGAACUAGAUGAGACCAAAAUCAUUCUGCACAACACCAUGGAGUCUUUGUUAGAGCGAGGUGAGAAGCUAGAUGAUUUGGUGUCCAAGUCAGAAGUGCUGGGAACACAGUCUAAAGCCUUCUAUAAAACUGCCCGGAAACAAAACUCCUGCUGUGCAAUCAUGUGAUGCCAGUCAGCAGAGACCCCUGCACUGGAAAUGUCAUGUCAUUCACAACGAGAACUGUAAUGCGCCUGGAAAAGAAGA